GCUGCUACGGAUGAACAGGCGCUAGCAGCGGAACACAUCGAGGUCGAGUUUCAGGACAAUCAGGCUUCAUACUACGUCAAGGCGUACUAUGCAGCACGGUUUCGUCUACUUCGUAAGUUACUGUUUGUCGAAGGCGAGGAAGCUUUCAUAAGAUCAUUAUCCCAGAGUACAUUUUGGACUCCUCAAGGUGGGAAAUCUGGAUCGUUCUUUUAUCGGACGCAGGAUGAUCGUUUUGUGGUGAAGCAAAUGUCGCGUUUUGAAAUUCAAUCAUUUGUUGAAUUCGCUCCUCACUACUUCGACUACGUGAAGACAGCUGUCGUGGAAAACAAAUUGACAACUUUGUGCAAG